GACUGUUCCAGCCCUCCUCUCCUCCUCCUGUCUCUCCCUCUGUUCCCCCUCCGUGGCUGUGCGACAUGAGGUGAAUACCAAUUCCUUCAGCAAAGCCUCCCCGCUUAUGGCUGCUGUGCUUUUUCUUGGCUGUUAAAAAAAAAAAAAAAAAAAACAGAAAAAAGGUAGGGAUGUGUGAUGUAGCCUCGGCAUAUGUUGUGUGGUUGUUUUUCAGAUUGUUAAAACUGAUCAUUUGCCAACAGGUUGGUUCUUCGAUGCCGCUAUUAACUGGAUAUUUUCCCUCUCUGUAAUUACUCAAAGCUUUAUUUCCUCUGUGAUGUAUCAUGUCUAUGUGACAAUGUGGGAGUUACCGGAGAGAGAGAUGCAACAGUCCACCUCCCCGGGUGAUUCAUUACUAAUCCAUCCAGCUCUGCACUGUGUGGUCGCUCCAGCUCACCGUAGCCAUGUACGUGAUAUGAAUGGUGUUUUGUCUUAGCAUGAAUGACUGCCAGAGAAUGCCAUUCCUGCACCGGUUGUUUUGAUGCAGUAACACAAUCCUUUUGUCACCGCAAAUCCAGAUUUAUCUCCAGCAGCCUGUAAAUCAAUUUGCUAUGCAGCACAUUUCAAUUAUUCAUACGGUGUAGUUUAGGCUGAAUUGUAAGUUUAUGUGUGUGUGUUAAUGAGAUUUUCUUUCUGAAAUGCUCCCGGAGCUGCUGCGGGAAAUUGUAGGAGUCUAUGUAAACAAUACGGGCUGAUUGAUUAUCAGUCUCAGUGAUGUACAGGAGGAGAAGCUGCAGCCUGGCUGGGCACCUAAGUUUAAGGUCAUUGUGAGCCGAUGUGUGUAUUAAUAUCCACAUCUGCUGCGUGUGGUUGUGUGUAACGGGAGAGAAAAGGUUGAUGAGGCAGGUCUUGGCCCUCGUGACUUUAUCUCACGUUACCAUCUCAUCAUCACUUUCAGUAAGAGCUUCCUCUUACCUCGUCUCUCUGCCACAUGAGCACUUCAGCAGCACGCUCAAUACUCACUCCUUAUUCACUUUGAUUCACCUGGACAGAGGAAAUGCUGCCACACUGUACACCUGAGACUGAAACGAUGGGAGCAGGCCCUGACAAAAACAAAAAAAAACAACAAAUCCAAAUCUGUUAAGAGUAGAAAAGCAGAUUUAAACAUAUUAUUUUUCCAGACAGAGACACUACAGGGAGCAUCAGGAGCAUCCAUUAAAGCACGAGCCAGAUGUCACCACAUUAAUUCCCCUUGUUCCUGAUUGCAGGAAAGAGAUUUAGACAACCGGUCACUCCUGGUCCUCGUGGCACGGAGGCCACGGGGCUCAUUGUACGGCUCGGUUUAGACUCAGCUGGAUGGUGGGUUCUUGAAUGGAUGCAGAUCAAUGGAAACACUAUGCCUAUACUCUAUUUGAAGACUGAGGGGGUGGUGUUUGUAAGGAUCCAAGGACAGUAGACCUUCAGCGAGGAACGAGCCUGAAUCAGCUGUCAGAACUUGACUCUGCCUCACAAUGGCUGACAGCGACCAGUUGCCACAGGAUACAGGAUUGAUCAUGUGAUCUGACUCCCUCACCAGUUCCCUGCCAUCGCUCAUAGGGGCAUCAUGACCCGCCGGCUGAGUAGCUCCACUCGUUCCCACACUGAGGACUCCAUCUUCCUGAGGCCCGACGAGGACCCCGUCUGGCUGGAUGAGCCCACAAAGGCUGAAAAAAUGGGCGACCGAGCCCCUAAAAAAGACAGACGCCCAGAAUGUAAAGACGGACCCACAGAGGGCCAAAGCCCGCAGGGAGAGGAAGUGUUCAUACAUAAGGUCUACGCGCUGGUGAUCGAGAUCCAUUGCUGGGCCGCACUGUUUAUCAUUUCCCAAGUCACGGGGUACUGGGUGUUUUUUGUGGUGGAAGGAAAUGGACCGCUCUCCUCCAUCUACAAAGCCCUGCAGGUCAUCGACUUCUACCUGGGCUUCAUCUUACCCUGCCAUCCGAUUUUUGGAAUGGACUCCAUGGUGUUGAUGAGGGAGGUCGUCAACACCAAACAGCACAACUGGAUCGUCCACAGCACUGCGGGCCUCGGUGUGGCCAUCUGUGUUGUCAUGGUCGUCCACAUGGUGUGUAAGUGGCGUUACGGCUCUGGCUUGUGGUCAUCAGGAACAGUGUCGAGGGAAGUUGGCGAUCGCCGCCAGUCCGUGAGCCGCCAGCCCUCCUUCACCCUGUCGGAGUGGACGGAUGCCCAGGAGGAUCUACUGGACCUAGAACCUGUUCCCCAGACCCCCGUUUUUGACAUGGGCACCGACACCAGGACGGAGGGAGACGCUGCCACCCUCACCGUCACUCCAGUGGGGCUUCAGGAGAGGAGAGGCUCCAACGUUUCUCUGACCUUGGACAUGUGCACACCAGGCUGCACGGAGCCCUACGGCUACGGAGCCCAACUCUCUCCCAGAGACCAGUCGGCCCAGGAGUACCUCCGACAGGGAACACACAUCCUGACCCCGGCCAUGCUCCACACCAGGGCCAUGGAUGACCAGAGCCUGCAGGCCGAGUUCUAUGAAACUCCCAUGAACUUUGUGGACCCUAAGGAGUACAAUUACCCCGGGCUGGUGAGAAAGAACCGCUACAAAACCAUUCUACCCAAUACACACAGCCGGGUCAUCUUGCAGUCGCAGGAUGAAGAGGAUUUUCUUACUACCUACAUAAAUGCUAAUUAUCUCAAAGGUUACGACGAUGAGGAGCGAGCAUACAUCGCCACCCAGGGUCCCACUGUGAACACGGUGGGGGAUUUCUGGAGGAUGGUGUGGCAGGAGAGAUGCCCGAUCAUAGUGAUGAUCACCAACCUGGAGGAGAAGAACGAGAAAUGUGCUGAAUACUGGCCCGAGGACACUGUGACCCACGAGGGCAUUGAGAUCGCUGUCGUCACGGUAACCCAGGAGGAUGAUUACAGCCUGAGGGUGUUUACUCUGAAGUGUGGGGAGGAGGAGCGCAGUCUGCGGCAGUACUGGUACACCUCCUGGCCCGAUCAGAAGACUCCAGACAAGGCCCCACCUCUGCUGGAGCUCGUACAGGAAGUGGAAAGGGCCCGAGAGGAAGCCCCGCCCUCCAGUGGUCCUACAAUUGUCCACUGCAGCGCUGGAAUUGGUCGAACUGGCUGCUUCAUUGCCACCUCCGUCCUGUGCAAGCAGCUGAGGACUGAGGGUGUGGUUGACAUCCUGAGAACCACCUGCCAGCUCCGCCUGGACAGGGGUGGGAUGAUCCAGACGUGUGAGCAGUACCAGUUUGUGCAUCACGUCCUCAGCUUGUAUGAGAAGCAGCUGUCUCACACCGCUGAGGAGUAGAGUGAGCGCGACGCCCAGACCGAGACACACCACUGUACACUGUACCGCCUCUGUUGGUAUGCACCACUGUACCUAGCAUCAUCUCAAUCUCACCCUUUAACAAGCUCAAAACCACGUUCAUCUCCUCAUCCAAGGCAGGCUCGCUCAGUCAGGACUGAAACGGGGUGACAUGAAAUCUGUGUUAUCGUACGUCUUUGGGAUUUUAAGAUAGCCCUCCCCAACUUCCUAAUCACACUCUCUAUUAAUCCACAUGUUCCUGGAGAGCUGCAGCAGUCAGGCCUGAAACUAUCCAAGCGUCAUUUCAUUUGCACCGCUGGACGUAAGUUCUCAGUCAUCAAGGCCUCGUUGUGCACUUGGUCUCAAAUAGCUCCCUCACAUACUGAUUGUACAGUUAUCGAGAGGUCAAACUGGAGCUGAAGUAUAAUCAGAUCGCCUGCAGUGGUGUCAGUUUGCUGUAAGGAAAUUCAAGUUCAGUCUAACUAAAGUUAGUGUUGAUACUAAGGGCCCUUUACAGUAUAAGUGCCAGCAUAAUUUAAAUCUACAGAGAUAAUCAAAUGCCAGCCUAAUAUUUAACACUAUAUUGAUAGAAAAGUUCACAUAAAAGUAUAAGUUAACUAGCAUCUAGCCUUUUUCUCACUGACUCUCACUUUUAAUGUAAAAAAAAAAAAUCAUUACAGAAGGCCUGUUUGGACUUUGAUGCAUUCAGGAGUCACCUCAUCUUCAGGUUGCAUGGUGCUAAGUGUUCAUUAAAGGCAUGUGCAAUGUUAUGGAACAUAGGAAUGUAUAACAAUUAGGUUAUUAACUAAUUAGGAUUUCUGUGCAAUCUACAGUAUUACAGUUUUACCAUGCUGCCUGUGCAGUCCUCAUGGCCCAUGAUGUUUACAGUCAACAACUUCUGCAUUAAGGCCACAUAGACGUUCACUCAGAGGCGUCACAGAGCCAGCGAUGCUGAGGGCACAGAGGCCAGAAAUAGAAGCACGCCAUCAGAAAAAUCAAUGCGGCGCUCUGGAGAAUCUGACGAGCACACAAUCAACGUUUCCAAUGACACACAGUGAAGGGUGUGUGGCAGAGAACAAGUUGCAUAAACAGCUGCGCCAUAAAUCAAAAGCUAAUAUCCUGGUGCAUGUCGGUGAAGUUCCUCAGAGUUCCUUGCUCUGCGAUGCCUCUGUUCUCAACAGUAGCUUGAACACAUCUGUGAAGUAAGAAGCCCGUGAUUGUUGUAUAGACAGGCCAGGCCUAAUCUGUAUGAAGCACAAAUAGACCAACUAAGGUUGUCUCUCUGAUGUUCAGCUGUAAAAGUUCUUUUUUCCGUAUUGUGUUUUGAUUGUGUUGAGUUUAAUGGAUUGCAUGUGCUGUAUGGGACUCCAUAGGUCCACAAUCAAAGCGACGUGAUUGGUUGUCCUGCUUUUUGUUGUGUAAAAGGGUUUAAGCCUAUUAUAUUGCUUGCUCUCGGCCAAUGCUUUUGAUACAGUUUGCUUUUGUGAAACCAACCAGAGAUAUUUUUAGAACAUUUUGAUACAAUCCUUUCGAGUAGAUGCCUUGUGUAUAUUUCCGUUUACACCAUGAUGGAAUGUAGCUCAUACUGUGGAUCAAACCAUCGGUUUAUAUUGCAAGAUUUAACGGAACAAAAUGUGACAACUACCUAAGUUACCUUACAGUACAGAAAAUAAAUAGAUUAUGUUCAGUCUUCAGUAUUAUUACUUUAGGCCUUUAGGCUUUGCUUUAAUAUGCUUUGCUUUCUGUGUAUGUUUUUAUCGUUUUCCUGGAGAAUUUUACCUCAGACUGAGUUUUUACGCAGUCCCCACUCUAUUCCAUCUGUGACUCUAGGCCACUCUCAGUCGACAACAUGAGAAAUAAUUGCUAUAUGUAAGGCAGCUAAAACAGUGAAGACCGUUUUAUAUGUAACAAAAAUCAAGCAACUUCUACGGCCAUGAACAUUAUCAGAGGAUAAAUUUAACUGCGUGGACUCGGACCAAUUUCUAACCAACAAAUCAAAUAUAAGAAAAUAAAACUGCCAAAAUGACCUUUUACAGGAAGCCAGGGCUGAAGAUUGACAAGAAAAAGCUACAAUCUGUUGUCAGACUUCUGACAUAAUCCUCUGAUAAUGUCCAGUGUACUUGACUGAACAGCUUUUAUUUUGAGUGCUUGUUGUCAGUGCUUACCUGGUCCUCUUCUGAUGAUCAAAACGGGGAAACAGCCAAACAGUCAGACAUACAACCAACCAGCAAUCAGUAUUCCUCUCCUCUGCUACAGUAUCGCUUUAAGUUGUGAGUUUUUGCAUCCAAAUAAAGGUAGAUUUUCAUGA